AUGGGUGGGAACGCUUAAAGCGUGUUGAUGAUUUAGACGGGAAAAUCUAAGUGUAACACAAUAGUCUGUCAACAUGGCCGCCCCCUCAAGGAAUUUUUUAAGAGUUUUACCCAGAUGUCAGAGGCUGUUCUUCACAUGCAGAGCUCCUUCUGUCUCCUGCAGCUCACUGACUGCACACAGACAGCAAUCUGUCAGAUCCUACGCUGCUGCUGCCGCCGCCAAGCAGAAAGAGAAGAAAGAGGAGACUGUUGAAGAAAAGGUGGUGAAAGAGAAACAAAAGGUUGAUGACAAAAACAGACACAAACCCUAUGGACUCACAGCCUGGGCUCCAGUAGAUGAUGUGUACAUGGUGAGGUACUAUCCCAAACCCGUCUAUGAGACAUCCGUGUCCAUUGAAAUGCUGAAGAACUUUCAGAAGCUGGACUUCAGUCCCGAAAACCAGCCUGUAUACACUAACCUACGUCUAGACAUGAAGCUGGAGAAAAAGAAAAAAGUGGAUCCGUUUGUUAGCAUAAUUCAUUUACCACAUCCCUUCAAGUCGGACAUCAACACAAUAGUGGUUUUCACUGAGAAUCCAGAUCAAGCCAGAAUAGCAAUGGAGAAUGGAGCAGCAGUUGCAGGUGGAGCAGAACUGGUUGAGAAGAUUUUAGCUGAUGAGAUCACAGCAGAUUUUUACUUGGCUGAGCCAGACAUUGUACAAAAGCUGCUCCCUUUGAAGAACAAGCUGAGGAAGAAGUUUCCCAAGAGCAAGAGAGGAUCAGUUGGAAUGAAUAUUCCCAAAAUGCUUGCAUUGUUCAAGAGUGGUCAUGAAUACAUGGUUGAGGACAUCUAUGUCAACACACAAGUUGCAACACUGGACAUGCCAAAGGAGUAUAUUCUGGAAAACAUUCGUGCCAUUGUAAAAGAUGUGGCAAGCCAUAAACCAGCAGAAUUUGGUCAGUAA